GCUGAAGUUAUGUGAGGAAUUUUGGUUUGAGCCAUGAAUUAGCUCAUAAACUGCCCGCCCCAUUGCACGGCGAACAGCAACCCAUAUGACAAAUCCUCUGUUUCGAGGCUUUCGAAGAAUUGCCUUACUUUCAGUUCUCAAGCCUCUUUCCACAACUUCCUCUACCUCUUUCAGACCAAUUCUUGGAAACCCAGAAAGUAGUUUUUUGCACUUGCCAAGGUUAAUACCACAAAACCCAUGUUGGGAAUGGAGGAACUUUAGCCAUGGAAAAGUGAAUUUUGUGAUAACAAGAGAUGGGAAACCCAAGUUUGAGACACAUGAAGUGGAAGCACCAAAGAAGGAGAAAUGGAAGACUAAGAAGAAGCUGAAACUGCAAAGAAAGAGAGAGAAGAAGAAGAGAAAAGUUGCUAACAAGAGAGAUCCCAGAAGGCUUGGUGUUAAGGGGAAGAAGAAGAAGCAGAAGUUUGACACUCCUGAAGAAAGAAUUAAACACAAGAUUGAGACUGCAAAAGUCAAAGAAGCCAUGCUAAUUGAGAGAUUAAAGCGAUAUGAGGUUUCCAAAGUUCAAGGUCCUGAGGUUCAACCGCACUUUCUCACUGGUGAAGAACGAUUCUAUAUCAAAAAGAUGGCACAGAAAAAGUCUAAUUAUGUGCCAAUUGGCCGAAGGGGAGUCUUUGGAGGUGUUAUUCUUAAUAUGCAUCUACAUUGGAAAAGACAUGAAACUGUCAAAGUCAUAUGCAAACCGUGCAAACCUGGUCAAAUUCAAGAAUAUGCCGAUGAAAUUGCAAGACUGAGUGGUGGAAUCCCAAUUCAGAUAGUUGCAAAUGAUACAAUUGUUUUUUACCGAGGAAGGGAUUAUGUGCAGCCUGAAAUUAUGUAUCCUAUUGAUACACUGUCGAAGAAGAGGGCUUUGGAAAAAUCCAAAUAUGAACAAUCGCUAGAGUCUGUGCGACGUUUCAUUGCCAUUGCUGAGAAGGAACUUGAACUCUACUAUAGACAUGUUGCCUUAUAUGAUGACCCAAAUAAUCGGAGUUCUUACUCCAUCCUUGAUGAUUUCAGAAGCACAAGUGAAAAGCAAAAUGGCAAAAUAGGAGAGGAGAACUAUUCAUCAAGUGAAUCUAUUGCCUCGGAUCUUGAGUUGUCUCAAAUUGAUGAUUAUUGUUCUGAUGACAAACAAUCUUUAACUGAAUCUGAGUUUGAGGAUACUGACGAAUCAAGUAGUGAUGACUUGGAUUCUGGAGAGGGACACUAGUAAUUGUUCAGGUAGCAUACAGGGAAAUUUUUGAAAUUGAGACCUGAAAUGAUGUGGUUUUAAUUCUUGGUCUUAUAAUUGAGGGAUCGGAAUAGAGUAGGCGUUUUUCAAUUCUAAAUCUUUUGUUUGGUUAUCCUGAAAUUGGCACAAAAAUUAUAAUUCGAUCUUUAAUUUGUAUUGGCCCAA